AUGAUAAUUAAUGCUGAUGAUGGCAAUACCAGUGACCAUGCGGAGAGUUCGCAUUCGGAAUCCGAUUCGCAGACCGUCACAGCGCAACCGUUCACAUCAACCGCACCCUUUCAAUUCUCGGAUAUUUGGCAUGAUUCGUUUUCGGACACUACUUCUACUUUACGCUACGCGAAGCCAUCCUCUUCCUCCACAUCGUUCGCUCUUGAUCAGUCUGUUGCUCCACUGAUC